AUGACUGUCGACCUGGCGACCAAGAAAUCUGCAGCUCACAUCCGUUCCAGUAGUUGGGCAGAUGGUCUCCGAGGCAUUGCCGCUCUUUUUGUGGUCGCUAGCCAUACUUGUCUAUCCUUUGCGACAUAUCUGAUCCCGCCGUCUUUCGCGGAAACUGGAAAGUCUAUUUUGUUUCAGCGACCAUUUUUUAGACUCGUCAUACAGGGCCAGGCCUGGGUAGCCGUUUUUAUGGUAUUACUCGGGUUCGUCAAUGCCCUAAAACCGCUCCAGCUAGCCCGACGAGGGGCUACAGCCGAUGCUCUCGCUACGCUAUCGACAGGCGCCUUCCGGCGCAAAUGGAGAUUAGUCUUCCCCGCUACCCUAAUGACAACUUUAGCUUGGCUUGCAUGUCAGUUCGGUGUCUUCCAAUUAGGGAGAAGGGUAGAUGCAUACUGGCUGAGAGCGACGAGCCCCCAACGAAGCUCAUCUUUCAGCGCUGCUGUCGUGGAUCUACUACGAGAGCUAUUGGGGACGUGGAUGUACGGAGAAAAUGCCUACGAUCAACCACAAUGGGCACUACUACCCCUUUUCCGUGGCUCCCUAUACGUAUUCAUGACCCUGCUGGCUUUGGUAAACACCACGCCAGUUUUUCGCCUCUGUGCGCAAAUGGUCCUAUAUAGCUAUAGCUGGGCAACCCUAGAUGGUACUGUUGGUAUAAACAUUUUCGCUGGCAUGAUACUAGCCGAACUUUCAUUUUACAACCUGGCAGCCCUCCAACCACGCACUAUCUUCAGAAUCAUACCCUACGGUCUCGUCACCUUAGGCCUCUACAUCUGCUCGUAUCCAGAUCAAUACGCCGACCAAACCGCGUGGUCUUUUCAGCUUGCGUCGCUUGCCGAAAUCAUCUUCCCAAAAGAUGCCAACGUCAGCCGCUACUAUGCCGGCCUUGGGGCGCAGAUGAUAUGCCUUGGGGUGAUGCUUUCUCCCUUUAUGCGAAGGAUGCUCUCUCACCCCGUGCUGCUGUGGCUGGGAUCGAUAAGCUUCCCGUUAUAUCUCGUCCACGGACCACUAAUGAGAUCCGUUCUGGUUUAUCUUGUCUAUCUGCCCAUGUCAUUUGGAUUUGAGCCGACUGUGAAAGCAGAUGUAACGCCUGACCCGGAGUCAUAUAUUCCCACGCCAACCCCAUUCCGACUUGGGGUUAUUCUGAUUAUAUUUUUUACAUUCUUGCUAUAUGUUGUCCAGCAGUGGACAAAGCAUAUAGAUCCAAAGAUGGGUGCACUUACAGCGGCGUUUGAAAAGUUCUCCCGUUCAUGGGGUAGGAAUUCGGCGUGGACUUCGAAAGAAAAAGAUGAGAUACUACCUAUCACGUCUGCCCGGGAGUUAAAUGUGUAG